AUGCCAGUGACUUCCCAAUCAAUGGGCGUAUUCCACGUUGUUGCAAGCAUUUUCUGUCUCUAUCCCAUCUUGGCUGCCGCAAUAGAUACUGUUAAAGGCUCUGUGACGGUAUUUCAAGCUACUGGCGAUGAAGGGCCCUGGAAAGAGCCUAUCGAGGACUUUGAAGCGCGUCUUGAUGCCCCAAAUGCCACAGGAAAUUAUCGAAUCGCCGGACCGAAUAUUUCUGUGCCCUAUACUGAUGACAAUACUUUAGACGGCUGGUCUUGGUCACUAGCCGUUACAGCCGAUCUGCCAAUUGCCAGCGAGCUCGCUUCCAAAUAUGGCAGCGAGAAGUUUUACACCGGCGGAAAGCUGACCUUCAAUGCACCCGCUUCUCUUUUGGCAUCUUCUACACAAUACCUCACUGUAAAUGACGAUUGGCAGAUUUGCCUCUUCAACUGGGAAAUCAGCAAUGUCGACUAUCCUGAUAAGCUACGUACGGACGACGGCAGCUGCUCUAGCGUCUUGACCAGCGAAUGCAUUACCGACUUGCAGAAAGCAGUGGCAACGAGAAGCUCGCCAUACCAAUGCAACUGUCCAGUGACCAAGGACAUACUAUCGUGCGCUACGCUGGGAGAUGACAGUGGUCUUUGGCAAAACACUUGUGUCGCGCGUCUGUUCAAUUCGACACACAUCCGGGAAUGGGAAGAUGGCAAAUUGGAUACCUGGACAUAUGGUGGAGCUACAUUGCAUGAUAGUGGAAAUGUGACGGAUUAUAACUAUAUUGGCAGUAUAGCGUGGCCUGUUAUGGCUAGCUUCGGUACAGGUACUUACCAGAAAGGCACUCUGUCGUGCUUGCGUGCUACAAACGGGACACAAGGGAGCACGGCACCGACUGGAAAGUCGUUCCAGGAUGGGACUGGUAGCGCUACCUCUGAUGAAGGGAGUGGCAGUCAGAUGUGGCUGAACACUUUCUGGGUCAUUUUUGGCUUUGUUCUUGCGUCAAGUGCCAUCGCCUUAUAG